CUUACCAUGUGAUAAACAAUCAGGAAAUGGCCUGCAGUGCUGAUGGCUUACCCACAAGUGAGGCCCUCAGUCUCUUGCAUGAGGACAUCUCCAUCGCUUUGGAUGAAUAUCAGAAGACAGAAGCUGAAAAGAACAAAGGUUUUGGACCAAAGAGUGUUCUGUAUGAAGCCUUCCACCACAAGAGUAGUCUCUCUGUGUUUCAUUGGACAUCAGUGAUAGCGUUGAUCGUUGAAGGCAUCGUGCUGCUGGUGGCCUUCGCUGCAUGUAAUGACCCCAGGUACCAGCAUCUUCCUGCCGAGUCCUUCUUCAUUUUCUUAGCAGUAAUUCUUAACGUGUACUUGGUGUGGUGGGACACUCAGCUGAGGCACAAAGAGGUCCCAAGACUCACACACAACGUCUUAAAGGAUCUUAAAGAAUACCACGGCAAUGUGUUGUGGUCUGCCGAGAACUAUCCUCACCUCCACUCCCCCCUCUCCCCCUGCAUCACCCUCCAGUGGACUCGUCGCGAUGGUAACACAGUCAACCUCCCUUGGUCUCUCCUGGUGCGUGGGGAUAUUAUACUCAUGAAACCUGGACAGAAAGUUCCUGCUAGAUGUAGGCCCAUGCAG